AUGGCGGGCGCGCGGGGCGCGGGGCGUGCAGCGGCGACGGGGGCGCGGCCCGGGAAGCGGCCGCGGGGGCCGGAGCCGGAGCCGGAGCCGGAGCCGGAGGAGCCUUCUCUCGCCUGUGCUCCUGCUCCCAGCCUCCAGGAUGGCAGUGAUUCUGGCCUGUCUGAAAGCGAGGAGAGUGUGUUCUCAGGCCUGGAAGAUUCCGGCAGCGACAGUAGUGAAGAUGACCCAGCCGAGAGAGAGGAUGGGGUCAGCAGUGAUGAGGGCCCCAGCGGAAUGGAGAAGACCACUGGGCAGCAGGUGCAGGCUGGGAGCCCUUCCCCAAGGACAGAGGUGGCGAGAGUGCAGGGCUGUGAAGAGUAUGCGGAGGACAGCUCUGACGAGGAGGACAUCCGGAACACGGUGGGCAAUGUGCCCCUGGAGUGGUACGCUGACUUCCCCCACGUGGGCUAUGAUCUGGAUGGCAGGCGCAUCUACAAGCCCCUGCGGACCCGUGACGAGCUGGACCAGUUUCUGGACAAGAUGGACAACCCUGAUUACUGGCGCACGGUGCAGGACCGGAUGACAGGGCAUGAUGUGCGGCUGACCGACGAGCAGGUGGCCCUGGUGCGGCGGCUGCAGAGGGGCCAGUUUGGGGACGGGAGCUUCGAUCCGUACGAGCCGGCUGUGGACUUCUUCAGCGGGGACCUGAUGAUCUACCCAGUGACCAACCGACCUGCCGACAAGCGCAGCUUCAUCCCGUCCCUGGUGGAGAAGGAGAAGGUCUCUCGCAUGGUGCACGCCAUCAAGAUGGGCUGGAUCCAGCCUCACCGGCCCCGGGACCGCACCCCUAGCUUCUACGACCUCUGGGCGCAGGAGGACCCUGACGCUGUGCUGGGCCGGCACAAGAUGCACGUGCCCGCGCCCAAGCUGGCCCUGCCCGGCCACGCGGAGUCCUACAACCCGCCUCCCGAGUACCUGCCCAGUGAAGAGGAGCGUCUGGCGUGGCAGCAGCAGGAGCCGGGUGAGAGGAAGCUCAACUUCUUGCCGCACAAGUUCCCCAGCCUGCGGGCCGUGCCCGCGUACGGCCGCUUCAUCCAGGAGCGUUUCGAGCGCUGCCUCGACCUCUAUCUGUGCCCGCGGCAGCGCAAGAUGAGGGUGAAUGUGGACCCUGAAGACCUCAUCCCGAAACUGCCCCGGCCGCGGGACUUGCAGCCUUUCCCCACGUGCCAGGCCCUGGUCUACAGGGGCCACAGCGACCUUGUCCGUUGCCUUAGUGUCUCCCCGGAUGGCCAGUGGCUGGCUUCAGGCUCCGACGAUGGCUCGGUGCGGCUCUGGGAGGUGGCCACUGCCCGCUGCAUGAGGACCGUGCCCGUGGGGGGUGUGGUGAGGAGCGUUGCCUGGAACCCUCACCCCACCGUGGGCCUGGUGGCCGUGGCAGUAGAGGACUCGGUGCUGCUACUGAACCCAGCGCUGGGGGACCGGCUGGUGGUGAGCGGCACGGACCAGCUGCUGAGUGCCUUCGUCCUGCCCGAGGAGCCCGCGGUGCAGCCCGCCCGCUGGCUGGAGGCCUCGGAGGACGAGCGCCAGGCGGGCCUGAGGCUGCGCAUCUGCCACGGGAAGCCGGUGACACAGGUGACCUGGCAUGGACGUGGGGACUACAUGGCCGUGGUGCUGGCCGCCGCGGGCCACACGCAGGUGCUGAUCCACCAGCUGAGCCGGCACCGCAGCCAGAGCCCCUUCCGCCGUAGCCAUGGACAGGUGCAGCGCGUGGCCUUCCACCCCCUGCGGCCCUUCCUGCUGGUGGCUUCCCAGCGCAGCAUCCGCCUUUACCACCUGCUGCGCCAGGAGCUCACCAAGAAGCUAAGACCAAACUGCAAGUGGGUGUCCAGCCUGGCGGUGCACCCCGCAGGGGACAACGUCAUCUGCGGCACUUAUGACAGCAAGCUCGUGUGGUUCGACCUGGACCUUUCCUGUGAGCCGUACAGGGUGCUGAGACACCACAAGAAGGCCCUCAGGGCCGUGGCCUUCCACACCCAGUACCCACUGUUCGCGUCCGGCUCCGACGACGGGAGCAUCAUCGUCUGCCACGGGAUGGUGUACAAUGACCUGCUGCAGAACCCGCUGCUGGUGCCGGUGAAGGUGCUGCGGGGACACGUGCUGACCCGAGACCUGGGGGUCCUGGACGUGGCCUUCCACCCCACCCAGCCAUGGGUCUUCUCCUCGGGGGCCGAUGGCACCGUCCGCCUCUUCACCUAGGCCGCCCGGUGUCCGCCGGGGGGUGGGGGUGGGGGGUGCGGCGCACGCGUGCUCAGGACCCUCAAUACAGGUGUUCCCCGCCGACUGCUGGUGUGACCUUGAUUCGGG